AUGCAGAGGAACCUGGCGCACGGGAGCUGUUGUACACCCGCCACACCUGCUGCGCCACACUGCCACUGGGAUCCGUCCCACUUCACCGCCAUAGUGUGGCUAGUAUCCAUCGAUGUGGCUAUGGAGCUAGUCAGCAAGCCCGAGAUCCAUCCAUCUCCAAAGUCCUACCAACAAGACCUCUCCAUCUCUGUCACAUCCUCAUUCACCAGCAUGGAGCCUUCAAAGGAAGACACCCCUCGCCCAGAGGAUGCUAUCAAGACCCCAGAGGGUAUGGUAGUUCCUCCCAAAGAUAUUCGAGGAAUUGUCGAGAAAUCAGCAGGAUUUGUCGUUCGCAACGGACCCAACUUUGAAGAACGUGUCCGCCAGAAGGAAAAGAACAACUACAAAUUCUCAUUCCUGACCGAAGGAGAUCCUUAUUGGCCUUACUAUGAGUGGCGCCGCUCCGAAAUCGCAGCCGGCCGGGGAUCAGCAGUGGCAGCAGGCCGAGCUGGCGAGACCGUCGCCGCCGAACCCGAGAAGCCCAAGGGGCCACCCGAACCCCCCGCGUUCCAUUUCUCGGCGCGCAUGCCUAUCAUCAACGCACAGGAUUUGGAAGUUGUCAAGCUCACAGCCUUGUUUGUCGCCAAGCGGGGGAAGUCAUUCAUGACCGCGCUGGCGCAGCGCGAAGCGAGAAAUUUCCAGUUCGACUUCUUACGACCACAACAUAGUCUCUAUCAAUUCUUCACGCGCUUGGUCGAUCAAUAUACUAUCUUAUUCCGUGAGGAAGGAAUUGACGAUGCCACCUCACUCACCAACAGAAUCGCCGAACUGGAACUAAAUGCGAAGAACAAGUUCCACGUCAUGGAGCGCGCGAAGCAGCGCGCGGAAUGGGUGAAAUUCCAACAACAACAGAAGCAAGAAAAGGAGGAACAGAGUGAGCAGGAGCGCAUCGAAUAUGCACAGAUCGAUUGGCAUGACUUCGUCGUGGUCGAAACCGUCGAGUUCACCGAGCACGACGACCACGCAGAAUUGCCACCCCCGACAUCCGCCAACGACCUGCAGUCCGCCUCUCUUGAGCAAAGAGCAGCCCUCUCCCUUAACACACGACGCAUCGAGGAAGCGAUGCCUACCGAUCUCGACGCCCCCACCUACUACAACGCCUACCCAGUCCAACCCGCACCCAUGCACGCUCCCCCGCCCCCAAUCUCACCCUACCAAGCAGGCCCCUACCCCCCACCUGGCCAGUACACGAACCCCGAAGAAGAGCAGCGCAUCCGCGAGCGGCUGCAAGCACGCGAUCAAACCGCCGCCGCCCAAGCAGCAGCGCAAGCUAUCCCAGGCCAGCAGCCAAUGCGUAUCCGCUCAGACUACGUCCCCCGGGCCCAAGCCCGCCGCCAACAAGCCCACAUGGCCAUCUGCCCCUAUUGCAACCAGAAAGUCCCAUCCGCAGAGCUGGACGAACACAUCCGUAUCGAACUUCUGGAUCCACGCUGGAAAGAACAGCGCGCGAAGGCCGAAUCCCGCAGCGCCACGACGAACCUUUCCACCGUCGACGUCGUCAACAACCUCAAGCGUCUGGCCAGCCAGCGCAGCGAUGUCUUCGAUUCUUCCCCUGUCGACCCGGAGGAGGAAGCUCGUCGCAAGCGAAUGGCCAUGGCUGGUGGGGGACCCGAGGGCAUGGCUGGACCGCAAAAUCCAAAUGCCGGUCCGCCAGGCAUGCCCAAUCCCCAGAGUAUGAAUAUCGAAGACCAACUCAGACAUAUUCAGCAGCUUGCCAAGAGAUGA